AUGAGCUUCCAACGGCGCCGAGUCGCACUAGCCUGCACGUACUGUCGCCACAGGAAGCGCCGGUGCGAUGCCGGUCGACCAUCGUGCCGAAGCUGCAUCGAGGCCGACGUCGACUGCCACUACGAUGACACGCCGUCGCAGCGCAUCGACUCGAGCGGGGGCAGCCGCGAAAUCAUCGGGCGGCUGCAGGAGAUUGAGACGAUGCUGCAGCACCACCUGUCGGGCAUCGCCGCUCUCGCCUCGGGGAUCCACACCAUCGCCUCGCAGUCGGCCGCCGGCGCCCUAGCGGCCACAUCCCCGGCGAGCCAGGCGUCCACCCUGCAGGCCGCCCGGAUCCUGUCCCACGACUUGGCCGGCGCCGGGUCCUCACAGCAGUGGGCCUUGCCGCUGCCCAUCGACUCGCAGCCGGACCCGAGCUCCGUCGCCGACGCGGAGCUCGCGCCCUUGACCAUCCCCGUCGGCCACAAGACGUCCUCCAACUACCUGCUUCGCCUGCCUGCCACGAAGCAGCUCAUCGGCGAGUACCCGGCCGACCUGUUCUUCAUGCUCGAAUCCCGGAACUCGUUUCCUCCCGAGGCGCCCGUGCAUCCCACUUCGCCCGUCAAACCCUUAAGCGCGGCCGAGCUGGACAAGGACGUCCUUGACUGCCUUGUCUCGGCCUUUUUUACGCAGGUGUACCAGUAUCAUCCCAUUCUGGACAAGGCCGAUUUCUCCCGGAUUUAUCGUGCCUUUCACGAAAAUUACUAUUCCCAGCCAUGGAGCAUCGAAUCGGUGCUGUGCCUUGUAGUCUUCGCCCUGGGCGCCGCCUCGCUCGCCCCUCCUGGUGCCCAGGGCUUCCAGACGUCACCACCAGGGAUGUCCUACAUGGAAUCCGCGCUGCCGCUCUUGUUAUCCAUGUCUUCAUGGGAUGUAAACUACAGCCUGCUGCUGCCGCAAGCCCUGGUGCUGGCCAGUGUGUAUUUCGCCUACAUCAUCCGUCCUCUGCAGAGCUGGCGCUUGAUAUAUUCCGCCUCUUCGCUCCUGCAAUUCAAACUCUGCCGGCUGUCCGCCCGAGCUGCGGACCCUGCUGCCAAGGAGAUCAUCCUCCGCAUCUUCUGGUCCUGCUUCCUCGUCGAGUGCGACCGCUUGGCCGAGCUCGAGCUCCCGCAGAGCGGUCUCCAGCAGCUCAUUGAUCAGACAAGCCUUCCGAGCUUCGACGGCGUUGACUCGGCGCAGUCGACCGCCUACCUGGCCGAGAUAUCCAUUCGCCGCCUGCUCAAUCGCGUGCACCAUACCUUGUACCCAAGGAAGCAGAACGUCCUCUCGCUGUCUUCUACCUCGCUCACUGCCGCCGACGACCUUUCGGCGGCCGAGAUCGCGUCCAUCACUUCGGUAUGCGAGGAGCUCCACCGACAGCUCAACUCAUGGUACGAAUCCAUUCCCGAGCCCUCUCGGCCUUCGCUCGGGACGGAACCUACAGGGAGUGACCGAAAGAGGGUCUUGCGGAUCCGGUACUACGCGGCUAGACACAUCAUCCACCGCCCCUUUGUCCUCUACAUCGUGACAAACAACCUGCAGCAGGUGUCAAACUCGACCGUCCUGGAGAAGGCCAGCGUGUGUAUCGAGAGCUGCCGGGCUUACCUCCACAACACGACCGAGAUCCUACGCAAGCAGAGCCAGUACACAUGGACAUUUUCUCUGUCGUAA